AUUGUUGAACCACCAACCAUGGGGAUCUUUCAAGUUGGCUUUGUAGUGGUAUUUGCAAUUGGAUCUUUUGUUGCAGAAUGGGGAGUAAAUGCAGCAGAUGAUUGGAUCCCAAACAAGUUCAGGAUACAGAGAGACGUGGUUCAAAUUCCUACAUUCGUUCCCAGUGUUCCUGCAUUUGUUCCGUCUAAGUUCCCACCUCAGUUUACUGUCCAGACACCAGUUAAGACUGAAUAUAGAGGUCCUGUCCAGGAUCUUUUGGAUGUUCAGACAAAAGAAUUGCUGCAGGGUCCAGUUCCAUCCAUAUCAUGGACAUUUCCAAGUGUAAAACCUAAACCACAACAGCCAGAUAUUCCUUUUGAGUUGCGCCAUCCUUUACCUGCUAACAGUGUAGCAGCUCAGUGUAGCGAGCGUUUGAUCCGCGUGGAAGUUUUGGAGGACUUCUUUGGUACUGGAAUGCUAAUGAUGCCAACUGCUUUCUCACUGGGAGGAUGUGCACCAAUUGGAGAAGACCCUACUGCUAAAGUGGUUAUCUUUGAGUCAGAGUUGCAUAAAUGUGGAAGCACAACUGUAAUGACUGAGAAUGAGCUUGUCUACACCUUCAAUCUUAUCUUCACCCCACAAGAUGCUCCAGCUAGUGCUCCUAUUGCCAGGAGCAGUGGUGCAGUCGUUGGUAUUCAGUGUCAUUAUCCAAGACUCAUCAAUGUGACCAGCAAUGCCUUAUUGCCCACUUGGCUCCCAUAUGGUGCUACCAUGGUUGCAGAGGAGCUUUUGGUCUUCUCCCUCAGGAUCAUGACUGAGGACUGGCUAUAUGAGAGGCCUUCCAACGAGUUCUUCCUGGGUGAUUUCAUUAAUCUUGAGGCUUCAGUAAUGUCAUACAAUCACAUUCCUCUGCGAGUGUUUGUUGACAGCUGUGUGGCAUCUUCUGAUCCUACUGUUGCUAAUGCUCUCCGAUACUCCUUUAUUGAGAAUAAUGGAUGUCUAGUUGAUUCUAAACUCACAGGCUCUAGCUCUAAGUUCAUGGCUCGGACUCAAAUGGACAAGCUGCACUUUCAGUUGGAGGCCUUCAGAUUCCAGCAGGAUCUUACAGGAGUUAUCUACAUCGCUUGUGUCCUCGAAGUGGCAGCAGCAUCAGUUCCCACUAAUGUGGAGCAAAAGGCUUGCUCUUACUCCUCCUCUAAUGGGUGGUUGUCUGCUGAUGAUGAUCAUCUGGUGUGUGGCUGUUGUGACUCUACCUGUGGUGAACAGACUGAACAGCUUAAUGUUGCUCCAAAGUGGGAUGCUGCAUUUGUUGGACCCAUCAGCAUCAAGGAGUUUGCUUAUGGUCCAAUGUAAUGUACCAAAAUGGAGAAAUAAAGUCUUUAACUGUUUUGAAAA